AAGGAACUAUAAGUAAUAUCUUGACAGCAUCUUAGAAACCAGUGUGGGAAAAGGCAGAGUGAACUAAGGGCCCUGUUCAGAGGGAACAGUCAUUUUCUCCCAAACAAGGAAAACGGAAAUAAUGAUUAUCGGCCAUCCUCAAUCCCAACAGCACUAUUCAACAACAUCUUGUUUAAAAUCCUUGGCUUAUUGAUGUUUUAAAGCACUGCUUGAAAUUGAAUAAAGAAAAGUUAAUGUAGGCUGUAGUAAAUAAUCAGCCCAUUACUUUUAAUUUAGGGCUAUCUCAAAUGGCAGGACUCACGGGUCUACUCCUUUGUGCUAGUCUUUGUGCUAGUGUCGGUAAAUCUCUCAUUAGCCAAAUGUUAGGCCCUCUGCGUAUGUGAAUAUAUAUAGGGGAACGUUUCUCCUUCACUGAAUCGAAUUGGCUACUGCUUACGUUUUCUGCACUUUGAACCGAAGCAUCUAGGGUUAGUUAUUAACAAACUACUUGUGCAUGCGAUCAUUACAGGAUUCUCUACGACGUUGCUUUGUUGUGUGAAAUUAAAGAACCCUUCCUCUUUGAAAGUCAUUGAGUCGAGGCCAACUUCUUGCAUCAGGUUGGAUGAAUCAGAUCAGUGCACAUAAUCAGACUUAAGGGUAAGUGACACCUUUUUUACUUUGCAGUGAAAUCAAGCCAUUCGUUUGAAUGAUCAUUUGCCUGCACACAUUUUGUUAAUGUUAGAGAAACUAAAUAAGACCUUUGCACCAUGGCGGUGCAUGCCUUUCAGAGCCAAUUGUGACGUAUUAGAGCUACUACACAUAGAAUAUUUAUGCAACUGCUGACAUGUUGAUGUAUUCUUUUGAAGAAAAUUGGUGGUAUUCACCCAAACAAAUAACGCAAGUCUAUAGGCUACUACCCACUAAUAAUUAAAGUAUCCCAUUCCAUAUUUUGUUGCAUAAGAAUAAUGUGUACUAGCCAACUUUUUUAUUAUAAUGUCGUUGAUCGUUGUUAUUAAUCUAUUGCCUUUGAAUAAUUUAAGACAUCAAAUAAAAGUUUACCACUGGAUUUAGGACAGAUAACCACCUAAUAGGACAUUGUAAUAUUGAAAUGGUUCCAUACUGUAAUUUCUCAACCAUCUGACUUCUUUGUCCUUUCCUUCCCUCUCGUAGACAUGGAGUGGACCAUUCGUAGGUACCAGGACCCUGACAAGGAGACAGUCCUAUCCCUGUUUUCCCAAGGAAUAGAGGAACACAUCUGGCCAUGUUUUACAAAUGCUAUGAGCAGUCCGCUCUACCUGUGCUUCUCCCUGGGUCUGGGCGUCACUGGCUACCUCCUGGCCUCUGGUUUAGGAGCCCUUGUGCUAGUUUCUGGCUGGGCGGGCCUAGUCUACUACUGCUGCCAUACGUUUUUUGCUGACUUUGUCAGAGACAGCCUCAAGACGGACAUGCAGGACAUAGCGGCGAGCUUCAUGGCCCAGCCAGACGACUGCUUCUGGGUGGCAGAGACCGUUGCCACCGGGAAGGUUGUGGGUAUGGGGGCUGUGGUGGCCAAGAAGAACGGUGCAGAGAGGUACGGUGAAUUGUUCAGAAUGAUCGUCUCGUCUGCGACACGCCGGACGGGCCUUGGAUCCAGAAUGGUCCAGACAGUCCUGGACUUCUGCAAGCAGCGUGGGAUGUCCAAGGUUACCCUGGGGACCACGUCCACACAAACGGCUGCCAUUGCCCUGUACCGGAAAAAGGGGUUCGAACAAGUCCGCUCAGAUUCUAAGGCACGCAUCGCUAAUUGGAUGAUGAAGAUAACAAGAGUUACUAUUGUAGUCAUGGAAAAAUCUAUAUAGAAC